GCAGCCCUGGAGAGCUGCCCAGUGCACAGCGGCUCUAAGGACAGUUGUUUAUUAAUCUGGGGUUGAAGGCCAGUCCGGCACUGUCCCUGGUCACCAGGUUAAUUGGGCCUGACGUUCCUGGGCUGGAGGACCUGCUUCCCUGCCAUAGCCUCAGUGCUUUGAGGAGGCCCUAGUGAGGACCAUGUUCCUCUCUUCAUCACUUCCUGUCCUCCUUCUGUGCAUGCUGACAGCAUCCAGCUCAGAAAUAAAAAUCUCCGAGGAUGCCCUGAAGACCUGCUCAGCGAUCACCUGUGGCAUCCCAGGCAGAGAUGGACGAGAUGGACCCAAGGGAGAAAAGGGGGAACCAGGGCAGGGGCUCAGAGGCUUGCAGGGCCCUCCAGGGAAAAUGGGGCCUCCAGGAAACACAGGGCCUCCUGGGGCUCCAGGAAUAAAGGGCACCAAAGGAGACCGUGGAGACAAUUCAGUUGUGGAGACUAAGCUGGCCAACCUGGAGGCAGAGAUGAGGAGACUGAAAUCGGAACUGUACCAUGUCAAAAAGUUGCAAGCCUUCUCCUUGGGCAAAACACCUGGGAAGAAGUUCUACGUGACCAACGGUGAAAGAAUGCCUUUUUCCAAAGUGAAGGCCCAGUGCGCCGAGCUCCAGGCCACCGUGGCCACGCCGAAGAACGCUGAGGAGAAUAAAGCCAUCCAGGAUAUGGCCGGCAGCCCUGCCUUCCUGGGCAUCACGGACGAAGUGACUGAAGGCCGGUUUAUGUACGUGACGGGAGGGAGGCUUGCCUACAGCAACUGGAAGAGGGAUGAGCCUAACGACCACGGCUCCGGGGAGGAUUGUGUGAUCCUCCUCCAGGACGGGCUCUGGAAUGACAUUUCCUGCUCUUCCUCCUUCCUGGCCGUCUGUGAAUUCCCAGCCUGAGGAGGAGGUCGCCUCCUUGGCUUCCCACUG